AUGUCGAAUUUUCGACGGAAACGUCGUAGAAUAUUGGUGAUUGUGAAUCCAUUCGGUGGCCAGCAGAAAGCUUGGAAAAUGUGGCAAGAAAUCGUCAAACCAAUUUUCAUCGCAGCACAACUAGAUUAUAAAUAUCGCAUUCUCAUGUGGUACUGUGUUGUUGUUUAUUUUGAUCGAAAUAAUAGUGUCGUUUGUAUUGAAGAAUUGAUGAGUGGUGACGGGUUGAUCUCUGAGGUUAUCGAAGGGUUUCUACUGCGAUCCGAUCGAGAACGUGCCUUGAAGAUGCCGAUUGCACACAUUCCUGGUGGAACAAGCAAUGCACUCGCAGCUUCGAUUUGCUUUCAGUGCAAGUUAGUGCUUUCGAUGAAUUUAUUCGUAUUUUUUACUCAUUUCAUAUUAUUUACUCGUACUCAGUUGAUUUUUGCAGCGCUGAUGGUUGCCAGGCCCCGAUAUUUGCCUUUGCGAAUAUGUCAUGUUCAAACUGAAAAAGAUGGUGACCGAAGCAUGUUCCUAUCGAUUACGUGGGGUUUAGUGGCUGAUAUCGGUGAGUGA